ACUUGUGGAUGGAAGGAGUUGUUUGAGUAUUGCGGAUAGAUUGAGUACAAUUAAGGGGACUGAUUAGACGGACGGAUCGUUGAACAGGGCUUACAUAGGGAGCUCCUUCAACUCAAUGGCCUCUCUGCAUCCAUGUGGGCAGAUCAGAUCAACGCGUCCGAAAAUCCGAAAAUUCCAGCUGGAUACGACAUCGACUACGAUGCACCCAUCCCGAAUCUGAAAUGCGCAGUACAGCAGUCGAAGAGCGCAUAGUAAUCGAUUCUCCCCAAGUCGUUCCAGCAUCCCUACAAACCAAACCAGACACACCUAUGUCAUUCCCUGUAUCCGAUGACGCACUCCAAGCGUUCUCAAUGAUAACACCCACGUCCGACGCGCCUUCCAUCCACAGUUAUCCAGAGCAUUCGGUCGUACCUGCGCAUGUACAAGGCGCGAGUGUUACGUUUGAUGCGAAAGUGAUCACACUUCCGCGGACGGGUUCGCCUGAGCCUAAGAGAGUGCUCUCGACGCAUAAUAUUCAGAGACUUGCGAGGAAGAUAAGUCUCAGCGGUAAAGCUCCGAAAUUGCCUGGGGUUCUAUGCUAGGGCGCGAAUAUGGCGAGCAGUGGGAGUGCAUCUACGCCUUGGAAGCGCUAGAGAGAGUGUGGUAGUCAAACAUGGUGC